AAACUUUUGGCUCACUCCUCACAAAGCCCCUGCGUCACAUUAUUGGAACUGCACAGCCGCAAAUGGCAGAGGUGAUUUCUCAGGUCCAGAUACAUGGAUUUAUAGGUAUUGUUAGAGAAUGGAAUAUGGUGUGCAAUGCAUUUUGGUUACAAUAAUUUCAUAAAUUCUCAAUGGAGAAGAAGAGUUCUUUGUUUGAUUGGUUGAAGAGGAUAUUCAUUUGUGAGACAGAAACAGAGAAGAAAUCAAGGAGGUGGAGAUGGUUUCUCGGAAGUUUUAUGUUUAAGCAGCGUCACCUGGCACUUCUAGCACAAGAGAGAACUUUGUGUGAAGCCACAGAAGAACAAAGAAGGCAUGCUUUGAAUGUUGCCAUUGCAACUGCAGCUGCAGCUGAGGCUGCAGUUGCUGCUGCACACGCAGCAGCUGAACUAGUCCGUCUUGCAGGUGCCUCAAAGUCUUACCAUAAUUUUUCAUUUAGGGAUAGAGAAUGGGCUGCUAUUAAGAUUCAGAGUGCUUUCAGGGGACUUUUGGCAAGGAAAGCACUGCGAGCGUUAAAGGGGUUGGUGAGGCUUCAAGCCAUUGUUCGUGGCAGAGCUGUGAGACGCCAAGUGAUGGAGUCUUUGAAGAGUUUGUCAUCCGAUGCUAAAUUGAACUCAGAGGACAAUGGUAGGGGAACUUCUACUGGAAAGGCAAUCUGUCAAGAUAGCAGGAAGAAACACUGCCCGAGGAUCAAAGAAGAGUUGGGGGAUGGAGAAAUUAAAGCAAGUCCAAGAAAUUGGAAUCCCAGCUUACUUUCAAAGGAAGACAUUGAAACUGAAAGGUUAAGAAAGCAGGAGGCAGUAAUCAAAAGAGAGCGAAUGAUGAAAUAUUCGUAUUCUCACCGGGAGAGCAGCAGUACUUCAUUGCUAGACGAACCAGCAUAUGACAAAGAAACUGAGAGGAUGAGCAGCCACCUAAAACAAGGGAUAGGUGGUUUAGGGGCUAAUAAAAUGGAAGGACUGGGGAGUUCAAAACCAAGAAAUACACGAAAGCAAGAUUCAUUAGAUGGACUUAAUUCAUCAAUUCAAUUCCCAAGGCGAUCAUUCGGUCAUUCAGGGCUUAAUGCUACUGGGGAUUAUGGUUCCCUCCCAAAUUCUCCUUGGUUCCCUUCUUACAUGGCUGCAACACUGUCUGCCAAGGCAAAGGCAAGGUCACUGAGCACGCCAAAGCAACGUAUAGGAUUUCUUGAUACUUGCUUUGAUCAGAGUGUGAGAAACAAGAAUGGAAUUUUUACUUGGUCUUCCCAUAACGGUGAGCCAUUUAGCAUGAAUGAAAACAGAAGCAUUUCUCGACAGUUAUCUGCAAGCAUCAAUCACCAUAACUGAGUUGAUAUUUGCUUAGUGGGAUUCAUGAAGCUCAAACUUGAUAAGGCAGCUCCAUACACUAAUUUCAACAAGACACUGAAGCAUCCUGAAGUUGAUAAUGUUUCCAGUGUUCUGGGAAAGAUAUGGAAGGGGAACUGGUGACAGGGUAUGCAUGUUUAUGAUGGCUAGAUCUCUUUUUCUGGUAUAUAUAGCUACAGAGAAUAGUUUUUUUUUUUUCCCUUGAUGUUUGUGUUUCCUCUGUUUCUUUUUAUUUUUGGGAAUGGGGAAGGGGGAGUUGCUUUGGUUUUUGUGUUAUUGAAAGAAAUUUGUUACCAAAUAAAUAGCAGACGUUGAA